AGGACAGAGAAAGAAGCUGUAACAAACAGUUCUGGAGACUUUGAAGCACAGCCACAGUGCUGAGGUCUUUGACUGACAAGUCUUCUGCUUUCUUCUUCUUACAGGGCUCCUCCUACAGAUGUUCUGAACACGUCUGCAUCCCAGCAAUUUUUUACUGCGCCCAGGUCUUGAAAACUAGAGCUCAGGCACUUCUGGAUCAGUCUUUUCAUCGAAAUACUGGAACUACUAUGAAGUCGUCUUGGUUUGCACUCAUCCUGGCAGUGCUCAGUACUGAAUUGCUAACAAUUCCCUGUUCCACCAUCAAGUCCCCGAGGUUCAGAGGACGCGUGCAGCAGGAGCGAAAAAACAUCAGACCAAAUAUCAUCCUUGUACUCACAGAUGAUCAAGAUGUGGAGCUAGGGUCCUUACAGGUGAUGAAUAAAACCAGAAGGAUUAUGGAGAAUGGAGGGGCCUCUUUUAUCAAUGCAUUUGUAACCACCCCGAUGUGCUGCCCAUCGCGUUCCUCCAUGCUGACUGGGAAGUAUGUGCACAACCACAACAUAUACACCAACAAUGAAAACUGCUCUUCUCCCUCAUGGCAGGCUACUCACGAGCCACGUACCUUCGCUGUGUAUCUCAACAACACUGGGUACAGAACAGCUUUUUUUGGGAAAUACCUCAAUGAAUACAAUGGCAGCUACAUUCCUCCUGGAUGGAGAGAGUGGGUUGGAUUAGUGAAGAACUCUCGCUUCUAUAAUUACACCAUUUCUCGCAAUGGUAACAAAGAGAAGCAUGGAUUUGAUUACGCAAAGGACUACUUCACAGACCUAAUCACUAAUGAGAGCAUUAAUUACUUCAGAAUGUCUAAGAGGAUAUAUCCCCAUAGGCCCAUAAUGAUGGUCAUCAGCCACGCUGCGCCCCAUGGCCCCGAGGAUUCGGCACCGCAGUUCUCAGAGCUCUACCCCAACGCUUCACAGCAUAUCACCCCCAGCUAUAACUAUGCACCAAACAUGGACAAGCACUGGAUCAUGCAGUACACGGGGCCCAUGCUGCCUAUCCACAUGGAGUUUACAAACGUCUUGCAGCGCAAACGACUUCAGACCCUGAUGUCGGUUGAUGACUCUAUGGAAAAGUUAUACCAAAUGCUUGCAGAGAUGGGAGAACUGGAGAAUACCUACAUUAUUUAUACUGCUGACCAUGGUUACCAUAUCGGGCAGUUCGGACUGGUCAAGGGGAAGUCAAUGCCGUAUGACUUUGAUAUUCGAGUUCCUUUCUUUAUUCGUGGUCCAAGUGUAGAGCCGGGAUCAGUAGUGCCUCAGAUAGUUCUGAAUAUUGAUCUCGCUCCAACAAUUCUGGAUAUAGCAGGACUUGACACGCCUCCAGAUAUGGAUGGCAAAUCUGUCCUUAAGCUUCUGGAUGUGGAAAGACCAGGAAACAGGUUUCGAACAAACAAGAAGACCAAAAUUUGGCGUGACACAUUCCUGGUGGAAAGAGGCAAAUUUCUACGCAAGAAGGAGGAACCCAACAAAACCACCCAGCAGUCUAAUCAACUACCAAAAUACGAGCGAGUGAAAGAAUUAUGCCAACAAGCAAGAUACCAGACAGCCUGUGAACAACCAGGACAGAAGUGGCAGUGCACAGAGGAUGCUUCCGGCAAACUUCGAAUUCACAAGUGUAAGGCAUCCAGCGACAUACUUGCCAUCAGAAAAAGGACCCGCAGCAUACACUCCCGGGGAUACGGUGGUAAAGACAAAGACUGCAACUGUGGAGACACUGAUUACCGAAACAGCAGGACCCAAAGAAAAAAUCAAAGGCAGUUCCUGAGAAACCCUAAUGCGCAAA